CUUAGCCCAAAGCUAAAACCCUAAACCCUGUAAAAGUUAAGAACAAAAACCAUCAGUUUUUCUGCCCGCAUUGUCCGCCGCCGUAGAAUCCGAAAUGUCUAACCAGAGGCUCCCGACGGUGAAGAUUCGGGAAUCGAAACCCUUUCAAUGCAAGUUCGAGUUGCGCGGCACCGACGCGAGCGUGGCCAACGCCCUGCGUCGCGUGAUGAUCGCGGAGGUCCCGACGAUCGCUAUCGAUCUGGUCGAGAUCGAGGUCAACUCCUCCGUCCUCCACGACGAGUUCAUCGCCCACCGCCUCGGCCUGAUCCCGCUCACCAGCGACCGGGCCAUGACCAUGCGCUCCCCACGCGACUGCGACGCCUGCGACGGCGACGGCGCCUGUGACUACUGCUCCGUCGAGAUCUUCCUCCGCGCCGCCAACCGCACCGGUGACCGCCACAUCCUAGACGUCACCAGCCGGGAUCUCAUCAGCCCCGACCCCUCCGUCCAGCCCGUCGACUUUUCCCCCGAACUCGAUAAUCAGCAGGAGGACAAAGGAAUCACAAUCGUCAAACUCCGGCCGGGCCAGGAGCUCCGCCUUAGAGCAAUAGCCCGGAAAGGAACCGGCAAGGACCACGCCAAAUGGUCACCGGCGGCAACGGUUACGUUCGUUCAGGAACCCGAAAUCCACAUCAAUGAAGAAAUGAUGGAGAAAUUAUCUCUUGAGGAGAAGAAAGAACUGGCUAAAAGCUGCCCUACUAGAACCUUUGGUGUUGAUGAGGAUACCGGACGGUUUCUUGUGGUUGAUCCGGAAGCAUAUAAUUAUGACGAUGGGGUGCUCAAGAAAUGCGAAGACUGGGAUUUGCCCGGGCUUAUCGAGAUUCGGCCCAAGCUGGAUAGUUUCAUCUUCACCGUUGAAACUACGGGCGCCAUCAAACCUCAUCAGCUGGUUCUUAAUGCUUUGGAUAUUCUGAAGCAGAAACUGGAUGAUCUCCGGUUGCCGCAGCGGGCGGAUACUACUACUGUACUAGGAGUUAGGAGCUGA